CAUCCUACAUUAUAAACGCUUCUCAAACAGACAGAGCAUCCCUUCGAAGUUGCAGUGACAGGCUAAAGAUUAUUUUGUGUUGUGUCGAAUAGUGAGUAAGUGUAAUGCCACGGAAACGGAACAGGACUUCUGAGAAAAAGACUGAAGAGAUAGAAGAUUAUGAUUUUUUAUUUGACGACACACAAUCUAGUUCAGGCAGAAGUAGUCACGAACCGCAACACAGAAAUGCAGCUAAUGCCAGAGAACGAGCACGUAUGCGAGUGCUUUCAAAAGCCUUUUGUAGACUAAAAACAACACUACCAUGGGUCCCAGCAGAUACGAAGCUAUCAAAACUGGAUACAUUGAGGCUGGCUGCUUCGUACAUAGCACAUUUGCGAGCGUUGCUACAUGAACCUAGAUCUGCGCAUACGCCGCCACAUCCGUUAAGUUUGGCGUGGCCGUUCGCAUUUCAACACGGAAGUUCAUUAAGCUGUGCGAUCUCACAAAGAUGGAGUAUAAAUUCUCAAGAUGAUAAUACACAUCAGAUUCACAGACAAAAUGUUACGAAAGAAGCACACAGCAACAAUUAUAUGCCUGAUUAUGAUGAGAGUGGCUACGAAGAUAGAAACUUUGAGGAAAUUAAUGAGAACACGAAAAUGCAAUACUGUAAUUAUAGUUAUAAGGAGAAUUAUUAUGAUAAUAUGAGAAGUUAUUCAGAUGUCACAAAUAAUUUAUGAGGUUUAUAAUGCCUAUAUUGUUAUAUAAAGCUUAACCUUGCUCGUCAGGUUGAUAAUAAUUUAAUUAAAAUACAGACAUAAAUAACUUAUCACGCUGUUUUCAAGAGGGAUAAGCAGGGAUUGUGGAUUUCUAUGUGCUUUUUUAUAUACAUGACUGUCUUCUGUUUAAUAUAAGUAAAAUUUAUAAUAAAGUAGAAUACAACAAUAAAAUAGAAAAUAGAUAGCCGCACCGCCAAACCGUCAGCGUAAUAGCCCAAACACAUGGUCGGAUUUGAAACAGCCGGACCAUCGGACUGCUACGGUUGGUCCGGCGUUGUACUUGGAACGGUCCGGAUGAUAAUAACAAUAAUUUUGUGCGAUGGACAAUGUAACAUCCCAUCGAAUAUGGUCCGCUACCAGACCGCGUUCGAUGAUUCGGUCGUACCAAGGCCGACCAUGUGGUUAGACUAUAACAAUGCGCAUGACAACGAUUAGGUAACCCUCGUACCACGACAAGCGACAAGAUAAUUAAGCGACAGUUGCUAUUCCGAGACAUUUUAUUGUAUUUGAAUGGCUCUAGGGACCCAGAUACACCCGUGAGGUUUUCGUGGUACUUAUUUCAUAAAAAUGUUAUGUAUUUGUUCUGUAUUGGCCAAUAAACUAAAAAAAAAAUCAGCGAAGAGUUUAGUAGUGAUAGCGAAAUAAUACAAUGAGAGUUUAAAAAAUAUAAAUAAUUAUAUAUAAUAUUAUUAUAGAUAUUGCUACAAGUUAUUACUCUAGAUCGUGUAUAUCUCUAAUAUUUCUAAUAUAAAUAGAAUCAUAUAAUAAAUAAA